CAACAGUUCAUUCUUCUCUUCCACUUCCUUUCGAUUUCCAUCUGUGUCUGUGUUCUAUAUAUUUCCUUACGACACUCGCUCGCACACCCACUUCAACCCACCAAAUUCAUUCCAGCCAAAAACUCUAAAAUCAAAAUGAAGUUCACUCUCGCCCUCGUCGCCACUAUCUUCGCCUCCGCCAUCAGUGCUGCCCCAGCCCUAUCAUCCCGCGACACUGUUCCUGAAAUCACCAUCUCCGUGACGAACGACCAAACCGGCGCUAGUGCAACCGCAACAGUUCCCGGCGACGGCAUCGCGCGCAACCUCCCCGAUCUAUUCCGCGGCAGCGCAAUCGACCAGAACGGUGCUAUCAUCGGGACGUCAGCCCAACUUAUCAAGUCUACAUACACAACGCGCUGCUUCUUCCAGAACUUCAAUUGGAUCAUUAAUCUUAAUGGCAAGGACCAAACAUACGCUGAUCUGGACGGACAGAAGGAUUCUGCGAUUCCCAUCUAUUUGAACGGAUUCAAUUUGCAGUGCGUCUAA